UCAUUGUUUUAAUUUUUAGUUCCAUCCAGUUGUGGAAGUCCCGACAGCAAAGAAAAUACAACAGCAAUAGGAAAAGAUUAUAGAUUGGGAAGAGAAGUUAAAUAUGCAUGUCCUGUAGGUAGUAUGUUGGUUGGUAACAAAAUCAGAAGGUGUGCCUCUAAUGGAUUUUGGACUGGGACUGCUCCAACAUGCAAACAUAUCAAUUGUAAUUCAUUAAAUAGUAUUCCACAUGGAAUAGUUAUAUACAAAGACUCCCGAACAACAUUCAAUGCUACUGCUGUUUAUGUCUGUGAUCAGAAUUUCACUUUAACUGGAAAUGAUGUUCGAUUUUGUGAAGGGAAUGGAAAAUGGAGUGGUAAAGAACCACAAUGUCUAGUGAAUUGGUGUCCUGAUCUAAAGAUUCCAGUUAAUGGAAAUAUUGAAAUCAAAGGUCUCAGAGCAAACGACACUGUUAAAUAUAGUUGUAAUAAAGGGCAUAAAUUAGUAGGAAAUGAAAACAGAACCUGUUUACUUGGAGGAAAAUGGACAGGAGAUGAUCCAGUUUGCAAAUUUCUUGACUGUGGAGAAGUGGAUCCUGUAAAGCAUGGCAAGCACCAAUUACUUGAUAAUGUUACUACAUACUUAUCAAAAGUAUCUUAUACUUGCUUUGAAAAUUACACCUUGGUCGGUGACAGUGAAAGAACCUGUCAAGAUACUGGGUUGUGGAGUGGAACAGAUCCAAAAUGUGAAAUAAUCAACUGCGGAAACCCAGAUUCGCCAUUGGGUUCCUAUUUCACAGGAGAGAUCUUUACAAUACAUUCACAAAUAGAGUAUCAUUGUGAAUCUGGACAUAAAAUGUUUGGAAAUUUUAUAAGAACAUGUUCGAAAGAUGGAAAUUGGACAGGACAACCACCAGAAUGUCGCUAUAUUGAUUGUGGUCGAGUACAACCUAUUUUGAAAGGAGAAGUUAAUUAUGUCAAUAGUACAACGUUUCUGAAUAGCAUCUUGACCUAUUCGUGUAGUAGAGGUUAUCGUUUAAUUGGAGGUAGUAGAUUAAGAACUUGUCUGGAAGAUGGUAAAUGGUCGGGAAGUGCACCUAAAUGUGAAGAGGUUCGUUGUGUUCCACCGGAAGUACCCAAAAAUGCUACUGUUAUUUACGGAGGUAAUGACCGUACUUCACUGGAAUCGUUUAAAAUUGGUGCAACAGUACAAUAUCGGUGCAUCCCUGGUCAUUUAGUAAGUGGAGAACCACUUCGUAGUUGUUUACCAUCGGGAGUCUGGAGUGGUCAACCUCCUAGUUGCAUGUAUGUAGAUUGUGGACUACCUUCACCAGUGCCACAUGGGAGAUGGUUACUACCUUCAAAUACUACAUAUUAUGGUAACCAGGUAGAAUACGAAUGCGAUAAGAAUUACGAAUUAAAGGGUCCCGGAAGAAGAUUAUGCCUGGAAAAUGCAUCUUGGAGUAAUAUUGAACCGGAGUGUCGAGAGGUGUCUUGUGGAGAACCCGAUAGAAGAGAUAAUAUGACCAUUAUUGAAGGAAAGCACUUUGUUGUGACCAGUAUAGUUACAUAUACAUGUCAAUACGGUUAUAAACUAAAAGGAAAUGGCACUCGAGUAUGCCAAAGUAAUGGAUAUUGGUCGGGCGUAGUGCCUCAUUGUGAAUGUAAGUAA